AUGCUCCCCCGCCUAGGUCCGUCUGCGCGGCGAGCUGCCCGACCCCGGGCGGCACUCGCUUCACCAUUUCUGCUCGCGCCUUUGCCCAUUCGAUAUACGUCGACCUUGACUGUGAAGAAGAAGGCAAAGGGUCCCAAGCAAGUCAUCGAGUUUGGAGAGCUGCCCAUCAACCUCCUCGAUCCGGAAGGCAACACUGUCAAACCCCUUCCAAAGCACCGCGAGGUCACGAAGACUGAGGCAAAGAGGAAGGCCGCGGGGAAGAAGGGUGACUCUGAGGUACUGAGUCAAGACGAUCUGGAAUACAAUGCAGCAGUCCGCGCGAACAAGGUGCCCGACACCAUGUUGUCAAGAUUGGUGUGGGACAACUGGAGGCGAUUCCCGGACUGUGUCAUUCUGACCCAGGUUGGCAACUUUUACGAGUCCUACUUUGAGCCUGCCAUCCAGGUGUCGUCGGUCCUUGGCAUCAAGCUGACGAGGAAGACGUACAAGAACGGCCAGUUCCCCUUCACUGGAUUCCCUAUCCACCAGAUAGAAAAGUACCUCAAGAUCUUGGUCAACGACUACGGCUAUACGGUUGCCAUCAUCGAUGAGGAAAAGGACCCCUUGAACCCCCCAGAAGAAGAUGCCGUGAUUGUUCGCUCGGUCGCGCGCGUGGUCACGCCUGGAACGCUGCUGGACGAGCGGUGGAUUACUGGAAGUGAGAGCCGGUACCUUCUCGCUGUCGCCUUUGGGCCCGAGCCCAAGGCUGUAGAAGGCGAGGAGGAGGAGGCGACCCCGCAGCCCCUUCAACUUGCGUACGCGGACGUGUCGACCGGCGAGUUUUUCACCAAGGAGUGCACCACUGCGGAUAUCGAGGACGAGCUGGCACGUAUCGCACCUCGUGAGAUUGUUCUUGACUCACGGCUACGCGACGAAUGGCUCGAUGGCGAGUCGGCGGCCGACGCACAGGGGCCAAGAGGCAACCUUUUCCAUCUUCUUCGCGUGUUGGGUGUGCACGUCUCGUUUACCGACGCUACCCAGCGACCUGACUUGACGGAAUCGCCAAUGGUCAAGAAGCCAAAGAAACGCUCUGCUCCCCUUCCACCUCCAGGUCUGGUCACUAUGGAGCGUGAGGCCAUUUCUCUUCUCCGUCACCACCUCGAGUAUGCUCUGCGUGGUGCGAUGCCGACCAUUCCGGACCAGUUCAACGUCGAGUCCAACUCCAACCAAAUGCACAUUGACGCGGCCACGCUGCAGGCUCUCGAGAUCCGGACUGCCUUUCGCCCAGGCGGCCUCAUUGCUUCUGCCCCAUCAACCACCGCUAGCGGCACAAUAUCCGGUCUCAGUGUCAAGGGAACUCUCAUCUCCACCCUCUCGCGUACAGUCACCGAUUCAGGCCACCGGUUGCUCCGCCGUACCUUCUCUGCCCCAUCUACCUCGCUGCCUGAGAUAAACUCGAGACUGGCGCUCGUUGCCGCCUUUGCCGAUCGCCAGAACAUGCGUUCCGAUGUUCGAGACCAGCUGCGCGAGAUUGUCGACGUCAUGCGCAUCAUUCAGCGCUUCCGCGCCAGCCGCGGCGACGGGACAGACGUCUGGGACGUCGGUCUCUGGAUCCGGAGUGUCGAAAAGCUUCUGCACGUCAUCCGUAUCCACGUCCAGAUGGAGCCGCAGAGCCCAGCCAACUCGCCCCACGGCCAACCCGAGGGCGUGGACCGGCUCAAUGAGCUCUUGGAAACAUUCAAGCCACUCUCAGAUCUCGCGGAUGUGAUUGAGACGUCUAUCGACGAGGUGGGCGUGCAACGUGGCGGCAUCGCCACGCCAGAAGAGGACGACGGCGCGGAAGCUGCUGGAGACGCCAUGACGCAGACCUCCAAGGUGUCAAUGACCAGGGCGGAGAAGAAGAAGUUGAAGGAGGAGGAGGAGGCGCGCAGGAAGGAUAUUCUUGAAAGGCAACGCUGGUGGAUCAAGCCGAGCUUCUCAACCGAGCUGACCAACUUGCACAAGCGCAUCAAGACCCUUACAAAGCGUCGCGAGGUGCUGCAGAAGAAGCUGCAGGAUGAGUUCGAGGCGGACACGUUGUCGCUCGUCGCAAACGACAAGGGCGGCUACUUUGUCAACGUGAAGAAGAAGACAGAGCUCGGUCGCGUGGAGCGCUCUGGUCUGUUCGGCUCGGUCUCAGAAACCAGAGGCAGCAAGACGUUUGUCUACAGCGAAUGGUCGUCGCUGGGACUCGAGAUGGGCAAGGCAUUGGAGAAGCUCGAGCUCGCCAAGUCGCGUGCGCUGAACCGCCUACGUGCCAUGGUGGUUGAGCACGCGGACAUGAUCCAGAAAAACGCCGAGCUCAUUGACGAGAUUGACCUGUCGUCGUCGUUUGCCCAGGCUGCAGUGGACCUGCGUCUCACCCGGCCGGUUCUCGACGAUGGACACCCCUCAGUUGAGACGGGUCUCCUCGCCACGGCCCGCGUGUUCACACCGAACUCGACCCGCAUGACUGAUACGUCCCGCCUCCAUGUCAUCACCGGGCCCAACCAAGGCGGCAAGAGCACGCUUCUGCGGCAAACGGCCGUGAUUGCCAUCCUGGCGCAGAGCGGCUCGUUUGUGCCCGCCGAGAGCGUGUCGCUCGGGGUGGUCGACCGCGUCUUCUCCCGCGUCGGCGCGCGCGACGACCUGUUCCGCGACAGAAGCACGUUCAUGCUCGAAAUGGUCGAGACGGCCGCGAUCCUCAAGCAGGCGACGCCGCGCUCGCUCGUCAUCAUGGACGAGAUUGGUCGUGGAACCACGUUGCAUGCCGGCGUGAGCAUUGCGUACGCGACCCUCGACUAUAUCCUGCAACAUGUCGGAUGCCGGACGCUGUUCGCAACGCACUACCACGAACUCACGCACAUGCUCGGCGCACCCGUGAACAACUGCGGUGGCGUGGCUACCAUCCCAGAGGGGGCAUACGUCAGGCCGGGCGUGAGCUUUUUCUGUACCGACGUCCACGAGGCAGAUGGCGCGUUCAGCUAUUCGUACCGUCUGCGCCCGGGAAUCAACUACAACUCGCAUGCCAUUAAAGCAGCUCAGCUCGCGGGCAUGCCUGCCAGUUUCCUGGAGACGGCAGAAGCGACGUUGCGCGCCUUCAACGAGACAGCACAGGACAAGGCAUGA